GUCCUUAAUCUAAGAAAAUUUUAAGUAGGUAAAUACUUGCAAAAUUUAUACAAAUGAUAACAGUUACAUAGCAAGAAAACAUACAACAUGUAACAUAAACUUCGCCUUGGAUGACCAUCAGAUGGGAGGAGCAUCGUUGGGCUUGUCGAUCUUGGCGCUGUGCCUGAUGGCGGUUGCGGCUGCGGAGGAGCCGCAGCAGAAGGAGCGACCGCAGCCUGUGGUAGCCGCCGCUGCCACAAACCACGAACUUCCCGCCGAACUCAACGACCGCGAACGCUUCAUCUUCGGCCGGUACUCCACGACGACGUACACAGACGUGGUGAUGGUGACGUCCACCGUCUACUUCUCCUGCCUCUCCGGCACGUCUCCGGCUGUCUGCCUGGGGCGACGCAAGAAGAAGAACUUGCGAAGAUUUAUGGAAAUCAACAAAAGAGAAGGCAAAGACGAAGAUAUACCAGACGUCCUUCUGGACAGCAGUCAAGGGGACUCCUCAAAGAAGGAGGAAACUGAUCCAGCCUCGCAGGAUGCCCCGCCAUCAGAGCCAGCCACCGACUCUAAGUUCUUUGUCAACGUUUGGACGACGUCGCGCACCACCACCACAGUCACUAUGCUCUACACCGACACCAACACCACCAUCCGCCUCUCCUACUUCUGCCAGGCGGGACAGGCCCAGCUUCCCACCUUCAGAUGCGUUGGCUAGUGUUGGCACGCCACCAGCGAGAAUAUGGCGAGGCCUGGCGGGACUUAGCAAAGCUUGGCAAGGCCUGGCAGGACUUAGCAAAGCUUGGCAAGGCCUGGCAGGACUUAGCAAAGCUUGGCAAGGCCUGGCAGGACUUAGCAAAGCUUGGCAAGACGUGGCAGGACUUAGCAAAGCUUGGCAAGGUCUGGCAGGACUUAGCAAAGCUUGGCAAGGCUUGGCAGGAAUUAGCAAAGGUUGGCAAGGCCUGGCAAGACCUGGCAAGUGUCUCAGUCUGGUGACGAUUGACUUAUCGCUGACUUGAAAUUUUGUAAAUAUUGUAUACGAGGAAAUGAGUCCAAACAAAUACAGUUUUAAGAGCUAUGCA